AGAAUACGGCGAGGAGAAGGGAGAAAACAAGUUUAAAAAAAACAAAGGGAAAAGGCAGAUUUCGCUGCAACAAAAACUAAAAUCCGAGAACCCACUGAAUUCAUACCACUUCGGAUCUUUGCUUCCUUCAAAGUUACCUGUUUCCUAAAAUCUCCUCUUUGCUUUCAUUUUUCACCCGUCGUUUUUCCAAUUUUUUCCCCGUUUCACACUUACCAAACCCUGAUCGUCCAAAUAUUAAUUUUCACGUCCGAAACGAAACGUCUCGAUUCCCAGUCCGAUUCGCCAAAACUCCGCCCAAAAUUGACCGUCGAUGUUUAUAUCGUCAAUUUUUUCUCGCGGCGGAUGAGGAAGCUUUCGUCUUCGAGGCGUCCGCUUUGUAAUAUAUUUUGAUUUUUUAUAUUUUGGUACUUGAAUGGGCGACCUUCGAGCUUGGUCACCUGAGUUAAACGGCGCGGUUUUAGAGGAAAGGCCGUCGUCGUCGUCAUUGUCUUUGGCAAACCAAGCGGGUAUUAGUGCCGAGUCCUGGCAAAGAGCCGAGGCCGUGACGCAGGGGAUCAUAGGCCAGGUGCAGCCCACCCUUGUCUCCGAGGAGAGGAGGAAAGCGGUUAUUGAUUAUGUGCAGAGGCUAAUUAGGAAUUCUCUUGGUUGUGAGGUAUUCCCAUUUGGGUCAGUUCCUCUGAGAACCUAUCUACCUGAUGGAGAUAUUGAUUUGACAGCAUUUGGUGGUAUGCAUAUUGAGGAAGCACUGGCCAAUGAUGUCUGCUCUGUCCUUGAAAGGGAAGAUCAGAACAGAAUUGCUGAAUUUGUAGUGAAGGAUGUUCAGUUGAUCAGGGCUGAGGUUAAGCUUGUAAAGUGUCUGGUACAGAACAUUGUAGUGGAUAUAUCCUUCAAUCAGUUAGGAGGGCUUUGUACAUUAUGCUUUCUUGAGCAGGUCGAUCGUCUGAUUGGCAGAGAUCAUCUUUUCAAACGCAGUAUUAUACUGAUUAAGGCUUGGUGCUACUAUGAGAGCCGUAUUCUUGGUGCUCAUCAUGGCUUGAUAUCUACCUACGCUUUGGAGACCUUGGUUCUAUAUAUCUUCCAUCUAUUCCAUUCAUCAUUAGCUGGUCCUUUGGCUGUUCUAUAUAAGUUUUUGGACUAUUUCAGCAAAUUUGAUUGGGACAACUACUGCAUCAGUUUGAAUGGUCCAGUCCGAAUAUCCUCGCUGCCAGAAGUUGUGGUUGAGACACCUGAAAAUGGCGGGUUUGAUCUAUUGCUUAGUAAUGAUUUUCUGAAGGAAUGUGUGGAAAUGUUCUCAGUUCCUGCAAGAGCAUAUGAGACAAACUCACGAACAUUUCCCCCCAAGCAUCUCAAUAUAGUUGAUCCAUUGAAAGAAAAUAACAACCUCGGUCGGAGUGUAAGCAAAGGAAACUUUUACAGAAUAAAGAGUGCUUUCACAUAUGGGGCUCGAAAGCUUGGUCGCAUCCUUUCUCAGCCAGAAGAAAGCAUAAGCAGUGAACUGCACAAAUUUUUUUCAAACACUUUAGAAAGGCAUGGAAGUGGACGGAGGCCUGAUGUUCAAGAUCCUGCACCUUCAGAUGGACAGCAUGGGUUUGCUGCCACACUGUCAUAUAUGCGUCCAGAUUUACAUGAAGAAGAUCAUACAAUUUGUGAAUCAGAAUCUUCUCAUUCAAGUAGCAUAACCAGGGAAUAUAGAUUGGAUCAUGAGCAACCUUUGCAUGGAGACAGCAUUGAGGUAUCAGAGAGGAAAAUGAAUUUUAAUGGAACAAUUAAUGAGCUGCAAAAUUCUACAAAUGAGCCUGGUGUUUCAGAAAAUCGUCUUUCUGGUGAUGCAAAAGAUCUUGCAACUUCUAGACUGCAAGGUCUCUUGAUUGCAAAUGAUGCAAUUAAAUCUUCUGACCCGAGUGCUGAAGUGAUUGAAUCCCCUGUGGGCAAAGCACAUCAUGCACCUCAUCUCUAUUUCUCUUCCUCAGUCAUGGGAAAUGGAGCAAUGAGAAAUGGGAAUCUGGAAAGUAAACAUCAAGAAAGUUCUGGGUUUAAGGAGAAAAGAGUGUCUUCUGGGAUUAUGCCAGCUUCUGUUGAGGAUACGAUCCAUGCUGUCUGUAAUGACACAGAUGACAAGCAGUUGGUCACUAACCAUGAGGUUCUGUCUCCUGUGGGAUAUAAAAAUCAUCCAUUGCUCUUCAGUUCAGUGGCUUGGUCCUCUGAAGAUCUUUAUCAGAGCCAUUCCAGCAAUUUGGCCUAUGCUAGUACCACUGGAAGUCCUGAAGCCCUGAAGUCCUUGUCAGAUCUUACCGGGGAUUAUGAGAGUCACCUAAACAGCUUGCAUCAUGGUCGAUGGUGGUAUGAGUAUGCAUUUAGUACAUCUAUUCAUUCUAUGUCUCCACAGCUGCUUACUCAGUUCCAAGGCAAGAAUUCAUGGGAUGUAAUAAGACAGUCAGUGCAGUUUAGGCGAAAUGUGAUCUCUCAGAUGAAUGUCAAUGGUGUUAUUCCAAGCCCUGUUUUCUACCCCAUGAACCCACCCGUGCUCCCUGGUGGAGCCUUCAGUUUGGAAGAAAUGCCAAAGCCACGAGGAACAGGGACAUACUUUCCCAACACGAACCAUUACAGGGAUAGGAGUUUGACAGCCAGGGGAAGGAAUCAGGCACCAGUAAGGUCUCCUCGUUCCAAUGGCCGGAUUGUGAUUUCCCAGGAGAAGAGUCUGCCCGAAAGAAAAAGCCGAGACCAUGAGCUGUCACAAGCACAAUUUCAUAUCAACCAAAGUGCUGGAAAGUUUGGAUAUUCAGAUCUUCACCACACUGGUUCUCCUGAAAGUAAACUUUGUUCCAAUGUAAACAGUUCAACCCAUCUGUCAGAGAGGAUGGUAGAAUUUGGUUCUGUUGGGCAUCCAGCAUAUUGUGUCUCCUCAACAGAAGGUGGUAGACAGCCAAACCCAGAUUCUGCACCAGCUCACAACUUUAGCGUGAGCCAAGCAACACCAGGGAUGCAAGGACCAAAAUCUGUUUCGGCCAUCAAUCAGGAUAGGAUUACCAUACAGUCAUACCAGUUGAAAGAUGAAGGUGAUUUCCCCCCUCUAUCCGACUCCAGUGGGAAGGGGUUGUCUAUCAGUACGAUUAAGAAGCUUGAAAGAUGAGAACAGUAAAUUCUAACAUACCAGCUGGUGCCAGGUUUUUUCAGCCCCUAUGGCUGCUCAACAACCACCUGGAUGAUCUGUGCAUGGAGUUCUUGUUUUGUGUUUGGUUUGAGUGCCUUUUGUACAUUCCACUAAUGAGUUCUUAAAUGUCUUGUUUUCAUGUAUAGGAUGGUUGAGUUAUGAUUUUGGCUCUCGAUUUCUUGUUACUGACAUCCCUUGUAGGUAUAGGUAUAGAAACAAAAAUCGUUGUUUCUCAUCUCUGGUGUAACUUAAAUUGGGAAAUAAUGUUCUUUGCAGCUGUAACUUAGAAGAUAGAAAAACCAUUGAUAUCUGGGAUUUUUAUUGGGUUCAA